GUCAGUAGUGCGUCUACCGCGGUGAACGUGUACGCGCCUGAGGCCCCGAUCGAUCGCCUCUUUGCCUUUUGUAAUUCGAUUUCGCGUAACGCAAUUCUUUUUUUCUCCAGUAAGAUUUGUUGAUAAAAAAAAAAAAAAAAAAAAACCAUAAUUCACCCACAAGUCUGGGAGUAACCGUACAGUUUGUCGUACUUGUUAUAUAUUUAUUUAUUUUUUGUUACUCGAGACACCUGUAUCCGUCCGUAUACUCUCUACCCGCGAUUUUACUAUAAGUUUUGUAACGUCGCGCAUACGCAGGUGUAGCCGCUCUAAAUGUUCGAAGGUGCAAACAAAGAUCUGUGAAAUAUCGUCGUACAGACAGAAGAAGAGAAGUAAGGAAAAUUGUACCCAAUGCUGUCGACACUGAGGGUCUCACGCUGCUCGCGGCUGCUACAGCAGCAGCUGCGCAAAAUCACGCCAGCGCGCCGGAACGCGCGUGGAUUCGGUACCGCGUUUGCGAGGCCGACCAACUUUGACCAGAUUUUCCCGGCCCGGGAGAAGUUCCAGGACAGGCACAUCGGCCCUCGGCAGCAGGAACAAGCAGAGAUGCUCGAUUAUCUCGGUCUCGAGUCAUUAGAUGAAUUAACUGCCAAAGCUGUGCCGAAAAACAUACAGUUCAAGAAAGAUUUGGACAUCGAAGAGCCCAUGACCGAGUUCGAGCUGAUAAAAAAAAUCAACGACAUUGCCAAUAAGAAUCAAGUGUGGCGCAGCUACAUCGGUAUGGGGUAUUACAACUGCUGCACCCCCCACACGAUCAUGAGAAACAUCUUUGAGAAUCCAGGAUGGACGACGCAGUACACGCCCUACCAGCCGGAGAUAUCCCAAGGCCGGCUGGAGAGUUUGCUCAACUACCAGACGAUGAUAUGCGACCUGAGCGGCCUGGAGGUGGCGAACGCCUCGUUGCUCGACGAAGGCACCGCGGCCGCCGAAGCCCUGGGUCUCGCCCAUCGAUUCAACAAGCGCCGACGGAUCUUCGUCUCGGACGGGGUCCACCCGCAGACCAUCAGCGUCAUAGCCACGCGAGCCGCCUCCCUUGGACUCGAGCUCCAGGUGGGUGACGUUUUCACGGACCUCGACACCAGCGCCAGAGACAUCACUGGCGUACUCGUGCAGUACCCGGACACCAGCGGCGUCCUCAGGGACUUUACCGACCUCGUCAAAAGGGCCCAUGCCGAUGGCACGCUGGUCUGCGCGGCUGCGGAUCUGCUGUCGUUGGCGCUCGUCAAGCCACCAGGGGAGUUCGGCGUGGACAUAUGCGUGGGUACGAGCCAGCGAUUCGGCGUGCCCCUGGGCUAUGGGGGUCCGCACGCGGGUUUCUUUGCCUGCCGGCAGAAGCUCGUGCGCCUGAUGCCGGGACGCAUGAUCGGGGUCACUCGGGACUCGGACGAGCGCGAGGCCUACCGGCUGGCCCUGCAGACGCGCGAGCAGCAUAUCCGCCGCGACAAGGCGACCAGCAACAUAUGCACCGCCCAGGCCCUCCUGGCCAACAUGUCGGCCAUGUACGCCGUUUACCACGGGCCCGAGGGCUUGCGCCGAAUAGCGGCUCGCGUGCACAUGCUGACCGUCGUCCUGGCCGAGGGACUGCGGAGGGAUGGGCACGACCUUGUGGGCGAGGGCUGGUACUUUGACACUGUGACGAUAAAGCCAAGAGUGCCUUUGGAAAACAUCAGGAGAAGCGCCGAGUCGGAGAGGAUGAACCUCAGGUACAACAGGGACGGGACCGUGGGCGUGUCUCUGGACGAGAAGACGACUCCCGAUGACGUGGACGACAUCCUCCGAGUAUUUGGGACCAGCGCCACGGUCGAGGGGAUCGUCGGAAGCGGCCUCGUCGAGGGCAGGGACCUUGACCACUCGCCCUUCCGUCGCACGACUCCGUACUUGCAGCAUCCCGUUUUCAACGCCCAUCACUCGGAAACACGGAUCGUUCGGUACAUGAAGUCUUUGGAGAACAAGGACAUCUCGCUCGUGCACAGUAUGAUUCCCCUGGGCUCGUGCACGAUGAAACUGAAUUCGACGACCGAGAUGAUGCCGUGCAGCUUCAAAGGGUUCACGGAUGUGCACCCGUUCGUGCCGCCGGAGCAGUCGCGCGGGUACCAUCAGCUGUUCGUCGAGCUCGAGCGGGAUCUGUGCGCGAUAACGGGAUACGACAGCAUAAGCUUCCAGCCGAACAGCGGAGCCCAGGGCGAGUACGCUGGCCUCAGGGCGAUCCAGUGCUACCACGAGUCCCGUGGCCAAGGCGAACGCCAGGUCUGUCUGAUUCCCGUUUCGGCUCACGGGACCAAUCCGGCCUCUGCUCAGAUGGCCGGCAUGAAAAUCGAGCCGAUCAAUGUCAAGAAGAACGGCUGUGUCGAUGUCGAACAUCUCAAGGCCAUGGCUGAUAAAUUCAAGGACAAGCUGUCGUGCCUGAUGAUCACGUAUCCGUCAACAAACGGUUUAUUCGAGGAGACGAUUGGCGACGUCUGUGAGCUGGUGCACAAGGCGGGCGGCCAAGUUUACCUCGACGGGGCGAACAUGAACGCACAGGUAGGCUUGUGCAGGCCCGGUGACUACGGCAGCGACGUGUCGCACUUGAACCUGCACAAAACUUUCUGCAUACCGCAUGGCGGUGGUGGUCCAGGAAUGGGUCCGAUAGGCGUCAAGAAGCACCUCGCGCCUUUUUUGCCAAGCCAUCCCGUCAUCGAUACGUUGACCGGUGAUGUUAGGGAAACGAAGGGCUUGGGUGCAGUCUCUGCUGCGCCGUACGGAUCGUCGGCGAUUUUACCGAUUUCCUGGGCUUACAUAAAAAUGAUGGGGCCACAGGGACUGCGCAAAGCGACGCAAGUUGCCAUCCUUAAUGCCAACUACAUGAGCAAAAGGCUAGAAAAAUACUACAAAAUUUUGUUCAGAGGGAGUAGCGGCCUCGUGGCUCAUGAAUUUAUUUUGGACGUGCGAGAUUUGAAAAAAACCGCCAAUAUCGAGGUAGUGGACAUCGCCAAGAGACUCAUGGACUACGGUUUUCACGCGCCUACCAUGAGCUGGCCCGUUGCUGGCACGCUUAUGGUCGAGCCCACGGAAUCUGAGGAUAAGCUCGAGCUCGAUCGAUUCUGUGACGCGCUUAUUUCUAUAAGGCAAGAGAUUCAGGAUAUCGAAGAUGGAAAACUAGAUGCCAGAAUUAAUCCUCUUAGAAUGGCGCCGCACACGCAAGAACAGAUUAUUAGUGAUAAAUGGGAUCGACCAUAUUCAAGAGAAUUGGCUGCUUUCCCAGCACCAUUCGUAAAAGCAAGUACAAAGAUGUGGCCUACCGUGGGAAGAAUAGAUGAUAUUUAUGGAGAUGUAAAUCUUUUCUGUACCUGCCCACCAAUUUUGCCUCAACAGUAGAAAAAAA